AUGGUGUUGUCCUUCAAUUUAGUUGAUGAGUUUGCCCUUAUUGCUUUGAAAGCCCAUAUCACAUAUGAUUCUCAAGGCAUGUUGGCAACAAAUUGGUCUACAAAAAGCUCCCAUUGCAGUUGGUAUGGUAUUUCUUGCAAUGCUCCUCAACAAAGAGUUUCUGCAAUCAAUCUCUCUAACAUGGGUCUUGAAGGAACUAUUGCGCCACAAGUCGGCAACCUUUCAUUUCUUGUUUCGCUUGAUCUUAGUAAUAACUACUUCGAUGGCUCUCUUCCUAAGGAUAUUGGUUCCAUACCAACCACCAUUUUCAACAUGUCUUCUUUGCUCAACAUUAGUCUCUCCUAUAAUAGCCUCUCUGGGAGUCUUCCCAUGGAUAUAUGCUACGCCAAUCUAAAGCUCAAGGAGCUUAAUCUUUCAUCAAAUCAUUUGAGUGGAAAGGUCCCCACCGGUUUAGGCCAAUGUAUAAAGCUUCAAGGAAUUUCCUUAUCAUGUAAUGAUUUCACGGGAAGCAUACCAAGUGGAAUUGGUAAUUUGGUAGAGCUUCAGAGCUUAUCUCUCCAGAAUAACAGCUUGACAGGAGAAAUACCUCAAUCACUAUUCAACAUCUCUUCGUUAAGGUUUUUGAAUUUGGAAAUAAAUAACCUAGAAGGUGAAAUCUCUAGUUUUUCUCAUUGUCGAGAGCUUCGAGUGCUAAAAUUAUCAAUCAAUCAGUUCACUGGAGGCAUUCCAAAAGCCCUAGGGAGUUUGUCUGAUCUUGAAGAAUUAUAUCUUGGUUAUAACAAAUUGACAGGUGGAAUUCCUAGAGAGAUUGGGAAUCUUUCAAAUUUAAAUAUUUUGCACUUAGCGUCUAGUGGAAUCAAUGGCCCUAUUCCUGCCGAAAUUUUCAAUAUCUCUUCAUUGCACAGGAUUGAUUUCACUAAUAAUAGCCUAUCGGGGGGUCUUCCAAUGGAUAUUUGUAAACAUCUUCCUAAUCUCCAAGGGCUCUAUCUUUCUCAGAAUCAUCUCAGUGGUCAACUUCCUACAACUCUAUUUUUAUGUGGAGAGCUCCUGUUACUGUCAUUAUCAAUCAAUAAAUUCACGGGAAGCAUACCAAGAGACAUUGGCAACUUAUCAAAGCUUGAAAAGAUCUAUCUAAGCACCAAUAGCCUCAUAGGUUCCAUUCCAACUUCAUUUGGUAAUUUGAAGGCCUUAAAAUUCCUUCAGUUGGGGUCCAACAAUCUUACAGGGACGAUACCAGAAGAUAUUUUUAACAUCUCUAAACUACAGACCCUUGCGUUGGCGCAAAAUCACCUUUCAGGCGGUCUUCCAUCAAGUAUUGGCACUUGGCUUCCAGAUCUUGAAGGGCUUUUUAUAGGAGGCAAUGAAUUCAGUGGAACAAUUCCAGUGUCUAUUUCAAAUAUGUCAAAACUUAUCCGGCUACACAUAUCGGACAACUAUUUCACUGGUAAUGUGCCAAAAGAUCUCAGUAACCUAAGGAAGCUUGAAGUUCUCAACCUUGCAGGCAAUCAAUUGACUGAUGAACACUUAACCUCUGAGGUUGGUUUUCUUACUUCUUUGACAAAUUGCAAAUUUUUGAGAACAUUGUGGAUAGAUUAUAAUCCUUUAAAAGGCACUCUUCCAAAUUCACUAGGGAAUCUUUCCGUUGCUCUUGAAAGUUUUACAGCAUCAGCCUGCCAUUUCAGAGGAACCAUUCCCACAGGAAUUGGUAAUUUGACCAAUUUGAUAUGGCUGGACCUGGGAGCUAAUGACUUAACAGGGUCGAUUCCAACUACAUUGGGACAUCUACAAAAGCUCCAACGAUUGUACAUUGCUGGAAAUAGAAUACAAGGAUCCAUUCCAAAUGAUCUUUGCCAUUUGAAGAACUUGGGAUACUUGCAUUUGAGUUCUAACAAAUUGUCUGGAUCAAUCCCAAGUUGUUUUGGAGAUCUUCCUGCGCUACGAGAACUCUCUCUUGACUCCAAUGUGUUAGCUUUCAACAUUCCUAUGUCCUUUUGGAGCCUUAGAGAUUUGAUGGUUCUUAGCUUGUCUUCAAAUUUCUUGACUGGUAAUCUACCUCCCGAAGUUGGAAACAUGAAGUCCAUUACAACAUUGGACCUGUCAAAGAACCUUAUUUCAGGUUACAUUCCAAGAAGGAUGGGAGAACUACAAAAUUUGGUUAAUCUUUGCUUGUCCCAAAACAAACUACAAGGCUCAAUACCUGUAGAAUUUGGUGAUUUGCUAAGCUUGGAAUCCAUGGAUCUAUCUCAGAACAAUUUAUUUGGAACCAUUCCCAAGUCAUUGGAGGCCCUUAUUUAUCUCAAGCAUCUAAAUGUUUCUUUCAAUAAACUACAAGGAGAAAUUCCGAAUGGAGGACCUUUCGUAAAUUUCACUGCUGAAUCGUUCAUCUUCAAUGAAGCCUUAUGUGGAGCACCUCAUUUUCAAGUCAUAGCAUGUGAUAAAAACAACCGCACUCAAUCAUGGAAGACAAAGUCAUUCAUCUUGAAAUAUAUUCUACUACCAGUCGGAUCAGCAGUAACUUUAGUGGCUUUCAUUGUUCUGUGGAUACGUAGACGAGAUAACACGGAAAUACCAGCUCCAAUUGAUUCAUGGCUUCCUGGAGCACAUGAAAAAAUUUCACAGCAGCAACUUCUUUAUGCAACAAAUGGCUUUGGUGAAGACAAUUUGAUUGGGAAAGGAAGCCUAGGCAUGGUAUACAAAGGGGUAUUAUCUAAUGGCUUAACUGUUGCUAUAAAGGUUUUCAAUUUAGAAUUCCAAGGAGCCUUGAGGAGUUUCGAUUCAGAAUGUGAAGUGAUGCAAGGGAUCUGCCACCGAAAUCUUAUCAGGAUAAUUACCUGUUGCUCAAACCUUGAUUUCAAAGCAUUGGUGCUCGAAUAUAUGCCUAAAGGAAGUCUUGAUAAGUGGUUGUAUUCUCAUAACUAUUUUUUGGAUCUCUUCCAAAGAUUAAAUAUUAUGAUAGAUGUAGCAUCGGCAUUGGAGUAUCUUCAUCAUGAUUGUUCGAGCCUUGUGGUGCAUUGCGACUUGAAGCCCAGUAAUGUUUUGUUAGAUAACAACAUGGUUGCUCAUGUGGCUGAUUUUGGGAUUGCAAGACUCUUAACUGAAACAGAGUCUAUGCAGCAAACAAAGACCUUGGGCACAAUAGGUUAUAUGGCACCAGGUAAAGUUCCUCACUACUUAUAUGCCUAUUUACUACAAAAAAACAAAAAAUUAGUAUCUACCUUAUUUUAUUAUAUUUUUUUGUUGAAUUUAUGACCAAAACUAACAUCACACGCAAGCAGAGUAUGGCUCAGAUGGGAUAGUAUCCACAAAGGGCGAUGUUUAUAGCUAUGGGAUCUUGCUUAUGGAAGUAUUUGCAAGGAAGAAGCCUAUGGAUGAAAUGUUCACUGGGGAUGUAACCUUGAAGACUUGGGUGGAGUCAUUAUCCAGUUCAGUGAUAGAGGUUGUUGAUGCCAAUCUAUUGAGAAGAGAUGAUGAAGACCUUGCCACAAAGCUGAGCUAUUUAUCCUCACUUAUGGCUUUAGCUUUGGCAUGUACAGCUGAUUCACCUGAGGAGAGGAUCAACAUGAAAGAUGUGGUAGUUGAACUCAAGAAGAUCAAAAUCAAACUGUUGAUGUAAGGAUUACUUCAAAAGAUGGGAUGGAAUUUAAGAACAUCAAAGUGUUUCACAAUACUUCAUGUCAAUAGUUCAAAGGAAGUCGGAAGUCGGAGCUGGUUAAGAGUACACAAAACAACA